UGUUUUUCUGUUGGACUCUGAUAGGUAGUUCCCUAGUCCCUCGGAAAUGGGCAAUCAGCGAUAUACGUGGUUUUGCCUUUAUAUAAACUCUGCUAUCUCUCUCUCUGUUUUGCAGAGAAGAAAAGGUCGAGUUUUCAGGAUGCCCGCUAGAGACCGAUCUAACGCCGCCAACGACGGCGGCAGAGAGACCCGUUAUAGAGGCGUCCGCAAGAGGCCGUGGGGCCGUUACGCCGCCGAGAUCAGAGAUCCCUUUAAGAAGACCCGCGUCUGGCUCGGCACCUUCGACACUGCUGAGGAGGCCGCCCGUGCCUACGACGCUGCUGCCCGCGAAUUCCGCGGCACCAGAGCUAAGACCAAUUUCCCGGCGGUUUCCACUUCCGCCUUUUGCCCCAGUCUCAGCAGUACCGUUGAGUCCGCCGGCUCCGGGCCCUCAAUCCUCCCCGCCGCCCCACCUACUCCGCCGUUGUCCCUAUUCCAUUUGCCUUGCGUCUUCCCCGUGCCACGCCCGCUUUACUACUACGAUCCGCGUGGCCAAGCCGGGGCGUUGAACCACCGUCUCGACAUCCUCAGAUUGUACCCGCCUGCCUCUUCUAGUGUUCAGAGCGACUCCGAUUCUUCCUCGGUCGUUGAUUUCGACUGUUCUGAGCCGAGUUCGCUGGGGAAAGCCGUCGAUCUCGACCUCAAUCUCCCUCCUCCCGCGGAAUUGUCCGAUUGACAGACACGCUCAGGCCCACCAUUUUCUUUUCUUUUCUUUUCUUGAAAAACAAAAUCUUUAUUCCAUAAGAGAAGAAUACAGAAACUGUAAGGAUUAACGAAACAUACAAAACUAUAAACGAUAAGAAGGUAAUAUGUAUAUAUACAUAAGACAUUCAUAAGCUUAGAAAGCAUCCUCUGUUUUUUUUUUUUUAGCAGCUUAGGAAACUAACAAUUUAGAGUGUCUCAAAAUUUUGUCAUUUGGUUAUCUUUAUUACAUGAGGAUCAAUAAUUUAAGUUUUGAGGAUUCCGGGAAUUUCUCAUUGGAAAAGUUUUGAGAUUUUUUUGUAUGCUUAAUUGAAUUAUCCUUUAAAAAGUUCUUACAGCCUUUUUAGCUACAUUUAUUCCAAUUUUGUGUUUUCAUUUUUUUUUUAAUUAUUUCUUCAGUUUUCUAUUCUGCACUUUCUAUAUAUACAAGACUACAAGUAUAAUCUCUGUUUACUUUACAUUUUCAUUUUUUCAAAAAAUUUGAGAAUUUUUUUUUAUUAGUAAACUCAUUCUUUCUAUCUCUAUUAUGUCAAGGUGGCUUGUGAUCUGCGAAAUUUGGCCCACAUGAAGGGCAGUGUCCUUAGACACUUCUCUUAGCACUGUAACAGUGAAAAAAAUGUUUCUUUUAUUCAAUUCAAUUUUACUUUGUUUAA